UUCAGAGCAUAGCUGAUGUCAUUCCCCCCUCCCCCAUAUCCCCCCAUAUCCCCCCCCAGGCUGCCCAAAAAGGACAACCCCCGUCGGGCUCUGUGGUUGGAGAACAGCCGACGACGGGACGCGAGCGGCGAGGGCCGCUGGGAUCCAGCCUCCAAGUACAUCUACUUCUGCUCACAGCACUUUGAGAAGAGCUGCUUUGAGAUCGUCGGCUUCAGCGGCUACCACCGCCUGAAGGAAGGUGCUGUCCCCACUGUCUUUGAGUCCACCUCCCCCAGACCCCCCCGGACCACAAAGCCCAGACUCCCCCCCCCUGAUGCUGACACCCCAAAACCCCCCCGGGGAGUCACCAGGAAGUGGAGACGGGAUCCCCCCACAUCCCCCCCGGACCCCUCCUUCUCCACCGACGUCUCCUGCUUCCCCCGCGAAGGCGAAGACCCCGCCGGUGUCCCAGCACUUCCAGGUCCCUCGGGCGCCCGCGGUCAUCUCCCAGAUACCCUUUUGGUGACGACAGAGGACAAAGAAACCAUUACCCUCCCUGAAGAGGACCCCCCUGGACCCCCCCGCCCCGUUUCUCCUUCUCUCUACAUGCUGCGCUUGCCGCCGCCAGCCGGCGCCUACAUCCAGAGCGAGCACAGCUACCAGGUGGGCAGUGCCCUGCUCUGGAAACGCCGUGCCGAAGCUGCCCUGGACGCCCUGGAUAAAGCCCAGAGGCAGCUCCAGGCCUGCAAACGUCGGGAGCAGAGGCUGAGGCUGAGGGUGGGUGAGCUCCAACGGGAGCGCCGGGCCCUCCCCGAAUGCCGCAGGACCCCCAAGGAGCCUCAACUUCUCAGCGGUGGACAGUGAGGGUGUAAAUAGAGAAAACACUUUUGCCUUUUUUUUGUUUGUUUGUUUUUAUGGAAAAAAAAAAUCAAAGGGACAGCUCGCAUCUGGAGGCAAGGAUUAAGGAUGGUGUUUCCCCGGUUGGAUUUGCUCACCAGGAAACUGUUAUAGGGAGAAGUCGACCGAAUUGGUGAGCUAAUUGAUGAGUGUGUCAACGUGUGUCUGUGGGGAGCUUGGAGCUGAUGAGGUGCUUGAACUAACAGAAAAUUGGGUGGAGGGAAAUAAAUCAGUUUUGUGCUGUA